UAAUUGAUAUUAUUUUUUCAGCGUUUGGUCUAUAGACUCUUAACUGUUCAAAAGGCAAAAAGAAAAAAGGAAAAGAAAAUAACAAGAAAAUUUCCAUGGCUACACUCUCCAGCUCGACGUAUCCAUUCCGGCAGCCAUUGAACCGACGGAAAACCCAAAAUUCGUCACAUAGAAUAUCAGCAUCGGUUUCCGAACAUAGAGCCGAACCGAAAUCAGUCUCGCUUGUUUUUCAUGGUAAUAGUGCAGGAGUAGUGACAGAGGGAGGUAAAAAAUGGAAGAGAGAGAGAAUGGACUGGGAAAUAGUGAAGAAAAAAGAAGAGAAAGAGGGAAAAGAGGAAAUGGAUAGGAAAAUCGCAUCGAGGAAAGCGAUAUCGGUGAUUCUUAGAAGAGAAGCAACAAAAGCUAUAAUUGAAAAAAAGAGAGGGCCUACUAAUUCUAAGAAAUUGCUCCCACGGACUGUUCUCGAAGCUCUUCACGAACGCAUUACCGCUUUGCGUUGGGAGUCUGCUCUCAAGGUUUUUGAACUACUCCGGGAGCAGAUAUGGUACAGGCCCUAUUCUGGUAUGUAUAUCAAGCUAAUUGUCAUGCUUGGAAAGUGUAAGCAACCUGAGAAAGCUCAUGAGCUCUUUCAAGCUAUGAUUCAUGAAGGUUGUGAUGUGAGUCAUGAAUCAUAUACUGCUUUAUUAUCUGCUUACGGUAGGAGUGGUCUUCUUGAUAAAGCAUUUUCUUUACUGGAGGAAAUGAAGAGUAAUCCUGACUGCCAGCCUGAUGUCCAUACUUACUCGAUCCUCAUAAAGUCAUGUGUUCAAGUUUUUGCCUUCGACAAAGCAAAGACGCUUCUUUCUAAUAUGGAGUCUUUGGGAAUUAGUCCCAACACAAUCACAUAUAAUACCCUCAUUGAUGCGUAUGGAAAAGCAAAAAUGUUUGAAGAAAUGGAAGCAACUUUGGUGAAGAUGCUCAGCCAGCAGAACUGUGAGCCUGAUGUUUGGACCAUGAACUCCACAUUAAGAGCCUUUGGCAUCAGCGGACAAAUCGAAACGAUGGAGAAGUGUUAUGAGAAGUUUCAGGGCGCAGGGAUUGAACCCAGCAUUAUGACCUUCAAUGUUCUCCUGGAUUCCUAUGGAAAAGCUGGAGAUUACAAGAAAAUGAGUGCAGUGAUGGAAUACAUGCAGAAAUACCAUUACUCAUGGACAAUUAUAACCUACAAUAUAGUGAUAGAUGCAUUUGGGAGGGCUGGGGAUUUGAAACAGAUGGAAUAUUUGUUUAGGCUAAUGCGGUCAGAGAGGAUCAAACCAAGCUGUGUUACACUUUGCUCUCUUGUGCGAGCUUAUGGGCAAGCUGAGAAACCUGAAAAAAUUGAAGGGGUAUUGCGCUUUAUUGAGAACUCAGAUAUAACAUUGGAUACUGUAUUUUUCAAUUGUUUGGUGGAUGCCUAUGGGAGAAUGGGUUGCUUCGCAGAGAUGAAGGGAGUUCUUAUUCUGAUGGAACAGAAGGGAUAUAGGCCUGAUAAAAUUACAUACAGAACCAUGAUUAAAGCUUAUUCAAGCAAAGGGAUGACCAAACACGUGAAGGAGCUCCAAGAUCUUGUAGGGUCAGUUGAAGGGCCUCAAUUGCAUAGGAAGAAGCCUGACUUUUAAUGAAAACUUCUACAGUUCAUAUUACCUGAAGCUUUUAUCGGUGAUAUUGUUUAAUUAUAUAAUGCUCUUGUGAACCUUUUAUCCUGCAAUUUGAUUUUUGCACAUGAUGGAGGUCUAUGCUAAUAACAAUUAAGUGAAAAGGUUAAAAGAACAGAUAAGGUAGUCUCUUAUAUGAUUGACCGCAGUAAUAUAACUGGUUACUCAGAUAUGUUUAACUGCAAUUUCUCAAUCAAUUGACAUCCAGCUAUUUAUGGUGCUAAUGAUGUUAAAUGCUCUAUAUAGUGGGCAAGGCUAAACCCUCCAGUGACUAUGAUGUGCCAAAGCUGUUUAAUGAGUGACUAAAUUGUCUUCAUUUGUCAAGGAAGCAGCUGGAGUGAGAAAAGUGAAUAAUCCCUGCCAGGUGAUAGAGAUAAUAUACAAAACACUUCCUCAAUCCAGAGGAAGCCCUGAAGUCAGUAAAGCAGAUGAAAGAAACCACUACUACUCCCUGGUGGACCAAGAAAUACGUAGGUUCAAGAAGCUUGGCCUGAACUUUGGCAGCAAAGACAGAAACUUCAGAAAAGUUUCGUUAGAAGAUGAGAGAAAUUCAGAGAUCUCGCCAGGCCGAACAUUCUCAAGUUUCUUUGCUGGCAAGUUAUACUUGUUUCCAAAGAAGAAUUGGACAGUUGUGUAGUCAUGAUACAUAAUUUCACCUUUCUUUUAGGGGUUAAGCUGUUUCUUGCAGGAAAGCGUACUUCCAAAGGAGAUAUCAAAUUUAGUGUUUUGUCUUGCUGAACUGUGAAUAAUGAUGGAUUUUACAUAUGGCAAUUACUAAAAUUAAUUGGAACUCGUAACUUUCACAAUCUAUUAUCAAUGUUGUUGCUACUUUAUGACAU